CACAUUGUGUGUUGUUGGGAACCAACCAAUCAACCAACCAACCAACCAACCAACAACAGCAACCACCGCAUCGCAUCGCAUCGCAUCGCACCGCAUCGGAUUCCACCAUGCAGAAGGGCGGCGCCGGCUUUCGCGGCCUCGCCUCCAGGCUCCGGGAGCAGGCCAGGGAUGCCGUGCAGGUCGUGGCGGAGGGGGGCUACAAGCUGCCCACCUUUGACGACAUGGCCAAGAACGACGAGUACAUCCACUCCCCGGACUUUAACGUUCGCGGCAGARCCGAAGCGGCRCAAGGAUUCGACAGCAACAGCAACAGCAACARMAACRAAAACGAAAACAACGACAACGCCGAAACCACAGCAACCGACGACGUAGCCUCGUACUAUUCCCAUUCCACCGCAUCGUCCUGGUCGUUGCUGGACCGCACCGUUCCCGGAAUCUUGGAUCGAAACAACAACAACAGCAGCAACAGCAACAACAACAACAACGGCAACCACCACCUCCCACACAAAACACCCAGGAGUUCCUCCGCCUCGCUCUCGACGGCCGCAUCCGGUGCUUCCCGGAGGGGCCCCAUCGAUYCCGGGGCCGGGAGCCCUUGCCAUCCCCCGGGCCUUGGCGCCGACCACUGCGAGAGCGAGAGCGACGAGAGCUCGGAGGGCCUGGACGGGGAAGACCCCGUCCUCGCCGCAAUGGCGGCCUCCGCCGGGGGGAAGGAGAACCCCGAGCGGCAACCCGCUCGGGGGCACCCAUCUCUGGAACGCAAGRGSGGUGCCCCGGCCUCGUUCGUCACCGUCCGAGGGGCGGGAGACCCCGGGCCGUCCCACCGGUUCCUGGACGACGUCCGCCUCACCGACCCCCUCCACAAGAGGGGGGACGAGAGCAUGGAGGCCCUCCUGGAGGGCGGCCUCGCCCUUGCUUCCAGAGAAACACACAACCGCGAGCCCGAAGCUCCUCUCGAAGCCGGAAGAAGCGGCGGCCUCUUCGGCGGGUAUUUCCGCGAGGCGGCCCUCGGGCACCUGGACCGCCUCAAAACGGGCCUGGGUGUCACCCUGCCAAGGAGGCAGGGGGCCCCUCCGGCCCCCCCGCUGGCCCGCAGGGAGCGCUAUUCGCCAARACGGGGGCCGGGACACGAACGCGACACCGAAAGCGGCGCUUUGGAGUUCGAGACGACGACCUCGGAAGGGAUGCUGGGCAGGGAGGACCUGGAAACCCUGAGGAAGCUGGGGGCGGUUUCGUCGGCGCCGGCCUUGUCGUUUCGGGGGUGCUGCUCGAAUUCCUCCGCGGUGGUUCUCGGGGCCGGCUUCUGGCACGAGCACCGGCACUUUGCCUUUGUGGCCUUUACGCUGGGCCUCUUUGUCUACGUAUACUUUUUCUCGCAACGCGGCUUUGCAGACGGCGUGGCGUGACUUGGCGUGGCGUGCGAUUCACUCCACCGCCAAUCGACGAUAGAACGCAAAUAGAACACGAUACACUACAAUAGAGCACAAUCCUGCCCGGUUCCCGAUCGGGCACACGCGGAUUCCAAUGUACCGACCGCUAUGGUACCCAAAAGAGACUCUUUCGUUCCUCAUCAAGGAUGGCUCUGGACGAAACCAGAAUAGCAGUGCCGCCUUUUGGUUUCCAUUUCGAACCACCGGUCUCGAGACACUGGAGGGUACCGCUUCGCUUCGGGCGAACUGUAAAGCGGGAUGCCAUAUCAUUCACUCCACCGCAACGCGACGCUGGAUUGGAAAUCAAACACGAUACCGGUACAAUACAAUACAAUACAACAC